GUUACAUGGCGCGCGUAUGGGGGGUAGGGGGGAGCGGAGGAGAGGCCCGAGUGCCCUCCUCUCCCCCCACCCCCAGCGCGAGAACCCCCUCCGCCUUAACCCUCCACCUCCUCCUCCUCCUUCUCCCUCCUCCUCCUCUUCUCCCCCGCUUCACUGCUCACCACCAGCCUCCGGAGCCUCGGGCGCCCCAGCCCUGGGACGUGGGGGACUGGGGUCGGGGACGGGGGAAGGGGGGCUUCUCCUCCUCCCUUCCCCGGCGGCCCUGGCCGGGCUGGGCCGCGGUGGCCGCGGCUCUAGGCUCCUCAGGCUCCGGCUCCUCCUCCUCUUCCCCACACCCCCUCCCGCCCCUCUCUACCUGGGGGAAGGGGGCGGGGGGGACCCUGGGCUGGAGAAGGCGGCGCGCGACGGCGCGUGGACAGGACCCCGGCGACCAACUGUCAGUUAGAAGCCCCGCCGGGCGGGGGGGAGAGGAAGGAGGAGGGGGUUUGGCCCUCCCUGGUUGGGGCGAGCCAAGGAAACCGGCAGAGAAAGAAGCGUCGCCGCCAUCCCAGCACGCAUGCGUAGUAAAACAGGUUUCUUCUCCGCCCCCUACCACCUUUGCCCUCCUCCCACCUCCACCGCCGCUCCGGCUCAGCUACAGGACCGGGAGGCUAAAUGACUUCUUGUGAGAGGAACUUUUGUGGCCUUGGUGGUGGUACUGGACUUGGAGGAGCUCCAGCAUGGGACCUCAGACUGCUUCCCUUAGGCGACCAUGUGGCUUAUUGUUAACAAACUCAAGAUCACAAGGUUUUGUAUGAAUUUUAUUACCUCAACUAAUGGAGAAGUAAAAUUUGAGAAGCUGUACUAAUUUGCAUUGAGAUCUGCUUCAUAAAAGAUUUUAGUAAGAACAUUUAAGAAAUCUCUACAAAUAAUUUGGAACAAAAGAAGCAAAUCUAUUAGAGAGGAGGAGACCUACACCAGAAUGCCCAGGGCAAAUGAUUUUGGAUAUCAGACAACUUCACAGGACAUCUGACAUCUAAGAUGAAACUUAUUGACAUUGGGGAAAGGCUAUAAAAAUGCAAAAAGACUUGUCAGUUAAAGUCGAUAUUCAUUAUUGUUUUUACUUUGACUUUUUGUUUCAUUGUAUCUGUACAUUAAGUUCCUUUUUUUGUUUCUUAAUAUGUUCACAAGUAUUAUGUGGAUUGGGAUUAAAAAUUAUGUCUCACCAAGUUUUCUUCUUUGGCUAGCAAGGGUCCUUUGCAGGACCCAUUGGACAAAAGGAGAAAACAUCAACAGUUAACAGGUUUCUAAUAGCUUUGUGAUAUUUAGAAUUGCCUUGGAAUGUCAGGAUUAAUAUGAUAAAAGAAAGACACAUGCCCUGGAAGUAACUUUAUAGUGUUGCUGCACAGGAAUAGUUCAGUAUAGAUAGCCCUGACAGGUCACCAGACCCUGCAGGUAACAGCGAGGCUGUCUUCUAUCAUUUUUUAAAAGUUAUAUCUUGGUUUACAUUUUAAGUGGCCUGUUUCUGGGCAGAAGUUUCUCUCUUGUGAUGUCUAGACUUGUGCAUGAAUUGGAUCUUAGUGAUGUGGAGUGGCACAAAGUCAUCAGCCUCAUUCUCUCUUACACAGUUAUCCAAGUCUAAUGGCAAGACAAAAGUUAGGAUGACUGUUGAUGAACAGAAUGCAGGGGAACAAAUUCUGACUUAUUAUAAGUACUAUAAUAAGAGAACACAUUUCUAAAAUGAAAAUGGCAUUAAUUUGAUUCUACCUGAAUGUAAUUCCCAAAUAGUAUCGUAUAGAAUCACAGUUUUUAAUUUAUUAUUGUUAUUUACAAAGCUCAUUUCAAAUUCUUUGUAUUAUAAGGUCUACUUUUUUACCCUUCUCUUUUCUUCCAGUAAUAGGAAGCCAAAGAUUUUAAAAACAGCAGUCUUGUAUUGAGUUCUGAAUUACCACUAUUAUCCUAAUAAGGGGAGCACCUUUAACACCGCAUUCUGGUUGUGAUUCAGGAUGUCUUUUGGCAAAAAAAAAAAGUUUUAGAACUACUGUCAGUCUGAAAGAUAAUAAUUGCUAGAGUAGUUAUAUGUGAACAAGUUUUUCAUCAGGACAUGGGAAAUUAAUCCAAGGUACCACAAAGGGAGACCACCCUGGGAUGAUUACAAUCUUGGCAAAGACCCAUAGUAAUGUCAUUGUUGGGAAUUUUCACUGAACUGCAGAAUGAAAGGUGCUUAUAUAAUUUUGGGGAUAGAAAUGGGGAAUGGUAUAUAAAUUUACAAACACUUAAUAAUUGAGAAAUAUCAGCAGUCACAGUGACUUGAGUAAUUGAGAGGUGCCAAAGAGGUUAUUGUAUUUUCGCCCAAUUCAUAGUCAACUUAUUCAACUGAAGUCUUUGUUUCAACCUCUGGGAAACUCUGAAAUGGAAUUAAUUAAAAUAAGGACUAGUAAUGACAACAUUUAAAAUCUCAAAAAUGUCUGGCAGUGCUUCUAGAAUUCAUUAUCACUUAGCUAAAUUUUAAAGCCACAUGGUGGCACCCAAGUUCCUUAUAAUUUUUCUCCCUUUACCUUCAAACCUGCAGCUUCCUAUCUCCUUCCUAUUUUUACAAGAUCAAAAACCUGGCUCAAAUGCUUUUCAGCAUGCUGUGAGAAUUUGCCAGUCUGAACCCCUAUUUUUGAGGUUGCAAUUCAAUCCCACCUUUUGAUUGAGUUAAAAACAAUGCCUGAGACUUGUCUGCAUAGGGGGACACAUCUGGGAGGAUGCCAGAAACCUUGUGGCUCCCUGGCACUGGAAGACACUUGCCUCUUGCCCCAAGUGACUUCUGGCAUCCUGAAGACUGACCUCUGAUCUGGACUGAGAUCAAAUCUGGCAAAUCAGAGAGCCUCAGGAAUUUGGAGUCACAGGAGAUAUGUUUCAGGUCCAGGGAAGGAAGAGACUCUUUUGUUCUGGAAUCAUGGUAACAAGGCAACUAGGUGAGCAUGAGCUCGGGCAAGCAGCUGGCCACAUGUGGCUGGUACCUUUUCUUUCUCUGACUUACUCUUUUAUUUUAUUUAAAUAUAUUAUAAAUUUAUUAUUAAAUAAGUUAAGAUACAAUCUCUAGGGAAUUAUAAUCUUAAGAAUGCUUAGAUUGUCUGGUGGGAGCCAUCAGGCCAUGAUGCCUUGACAAAGUCACACGUGGUAGCUAAGGAGGCCACAGAGUGGCCCUUGGCAAGAUGUGAUUGCCCACUCAGUCCUCCUUACAUGAUCUCUCUUAUCAAUGUCCCUUACCUAUGGAAUUGACAUGAUUAUUAUUCCCCCUAAGUCUCAAAAGGAAUAAUGCAAGAGCAAAACACCUAUACCCUAAUUCCCCCAAACAUCACCAAAAGAUCAGACCCUUAAACUCAAUGCCAAAAAGGCUAUCAUGGGUUAACUUUUACUUAGGUGCAUAAUUCCCAGCAAAACUGCAGUUACAAGCCAAGCCCAAAAUUUUCCCACUCACAGAAACCUAUUCUCAUGAAGCCAGCACACAAAUCAAUCAUAGAGGCCCAUACAAUAAGUACAAGUACAUCAAGCUUCAAUAUAUCUCAGUGACUCGUGAUUUGAUUAUGAUAUGAUUGUUGAAUUGUCUUUUAAGAACUUCUGAUUAAUUAUUCCAUUUCAUUAAAAGCAAUAAGUAAUUUUCCUUGAUUGUUUGUAAGCUUAAAACUUCUCACAGGGUAAUGAGAAAUUAAGCCACCUGUGAUGAAAUCAUUUAUCUUAUAUGUUGUCUGUAAUCACAAUAUAAGAAUAUAGAAUGUUAAUCAAGUGAUUUGUUAAAAGUUUAUGUAACAAUAAACACCUUAAUGAAAAUACCAACAAUGAGCACCUUAAUGAAAAUACCAACAACAUGGAAAAGAGUUCAGACUGAGAACACAUGUGAUACCCAGAGGAAUCAUGCAUCGCCAUUGGAAGGGGUAAUGGGGGGAGGGAGAAAAAGAAAAUGAUCUUUGUUUCUAAUGAAUAAUGUUUGAAAAUGA